AAAAACAGAAAUACACCCCAGAAAAAUCAACAAAGAAAGAUAGAAAAAAAUAACAAAAUAUUUAGCUUAGUCGUCUUCAAGUUAAAAAGUAAGUAAACAAGCAUGCAUAAAACAAAACAAAAAUAACAUGCCAUGUAAAAACUGUAUAAAUAUGCUGUAUAAAAAACACAUAUUUUUACAUAGGUUAAAACUUGUCAACAAAUGGUACACGAUCAUCAGAUCCAUCGUAAAGGAAUAGCCUAGCAGGGCUGGUGUAGAGCUGUGGCUCAGCAAUGAAGUAGAGGUGAUCAGCAUUGCACAACUAUUUUAAGCAUUUCACUAGACUAUUUCAUCCAUCAGGUUAAUCUACACCUAUCAAACUCUAGUUGUGAGUAUUAUUAUUAUUGUGUUCCCUUGAUGCCAGCAGCAUUCACUGAGGACUGUAAUACAACGCUAUCGAAACUUGAGGCUUUAUUGAUGCAUUUGAAUAGCUGACCACGUGACGAUGGCCUUGGACCGUGGGAUUUAGAGGGAGCCACCCUCUCCAAGUUUCAGGAACAAGUCUCCAAACUGUAACCUCUUUCCACACCGAGCGCGCGCUGUAAAUCUUCUUGGGUGCACCAUGCGAACUCCUCUGGGUCUCCUGAUUGCCAUGGUCUUCGUUGCUUGUGGCUGGAUUUUGGACUUGACCACCACGGUGGCUCCAAACUGGCGAACUAUCCACAACAUCAGUGGGCACCCUGAGGACCUGGUGCUUCACCAGGGUAUAUGGGACAUCUGCAGGUCCUUCACGGCGUCUCGGGACGUCCUCUGUAACCACGAGGACAUCGAGUACUUUAACAACCAGAUCAUUGAAGUUGCCCGAAGGAUGAUGUUGGCCAAUCUGAUUGUGACCCUCAUCGGUCUGUGCGUGGUCACUAUCGGGACCCACUGCUGGACAAACAAGCCGAGGUUGUCGGUGGGGGCAUUGGGGGGGCUCCUCAUCUUCAGCUCCGGCGUGCUGGCCAUCAUCCCCGUGGCGUGGUACCACCACAUCCUGACCUUCAUUAACUCGCCGUCCAGCGACAUUCGCGUGGGUUACUGCAUCGUGUUGGGUUACACGGGUGGCAUAAUUGAGGUGCUGGCAGGAUUAGCGAUGUUCGGUGGGCUGUACCAGGGCCAGUGCCAUGGCGGGAAGAGCGGCGAAGGGGGAGCCGGGAACAUCGGACGUUCCGAUUCUCAACCGCACCCCAAAAGCGACGGACACGGGAGCGCGAGGAGAAGCCGCGCGAGCAGCGUGCCUUACGCACUGGAGUCCUUGAAACAGGAGGUGAACUUCUGGCGGGGGAAGACAUCAAGUGCCUCAAAGACGCUGUAAACAGGACUGCAAAGUACGUCAAUUUGCCUAAUGCAUUCAAUAAAGCCUAGCUGCACUAAUAGCACUAAGACACUUGAACCCAAGUUGCUUUUUAGUCAAUUAUAUUAUAUAUAAUUUAAUUAAAUAAAAAUUAAAUAAAAAACUUUGCAAAAUAUGUUCA